AUGCCAUCUGUUACGGUCGCCGUGGUGAAAGGUGCCGCUCGUAACGCUGACAAUGUGUCCGCGGGAUACAAGGCAAUCGCUAGAGCGAGCACCAACGUAACGGACCUGGCAACUCUGUUGAGAAAAGUUGACGUGCGGAGCUACGCCAAGGCUUUCGGCGAAGCUGUGCCGGCCCUAAAGGGUAGCUCUAAACUCAUAGACGCGGGAGCCGUCCCACCGUCAACGGACGAUCUCUUGACGUCCGUCAACCCCUCUGUGAUACUGAAAAGCGCGAAGCAAACGUCCGGUAUAGCGGACGCUGCCAAAAAGUUCGAUCCGUCGGCAAUGGCCGAUCUCAAAAGCCUCAACAAACUCGAGGAUGCCUCCAGCGCGAUCUCCAGCACCACCGAGGUGGACAGCCUCAAAGGUCUGUCGAGAAGAUCGGAGGAUCUGCUGACGAAGGGGGGCAGAUACAAGGCGCUCAAACGCGCAACACCUCCGGUCAACAAGGUUGACGAUGUCGGUGAUGCACUAAAGAAGAGCAAGGGUCUGGCGUCCAAGGUAGAUGCCGUCGCGGAAGCCGGCGCGAAAAUAGCCAAGAAAUCCUCCAAGAAGUUAGACGAAGCCGUCGAGGGCGCUGGCAAACUGUCCAAGGGUAAGAAAGCUCUAAAGUUCGCCAAAAAAUGGAGCGCCGUCGCGAACGUGGCCGUUCUCGGCGGGUUCUACCUAGGUAUGUACCCCUCGAACAAGGUCAACGGUUCCGAGGGUGACGGGGGUGGGGACGGAUCGAGUCUCGUUUCGGACCCGGCGAGCGACGCGUACCCUGUUACAAAGUACGAUGAGAACGAGCUAGUGGUUGCGGUCGACGAUGGCGAGGUCACCAUGAUGGAGACCGUUCAGAGAAAAGAAGUUUUGUUCGCCGUGGUCGCGGCGAUGGUGGUCGUUGCCACGGUACAAAAGCUGACCUGUAACAAGUACGUUGUCCCCGGAUUCCCCAGCCACGGGACGCUGAUGAUGAUGGCGUGGGAUGGCGUCGUCUACGUUGUUCCCGAGGGAAAAGCUGUCAUUAAAUGCACCGGCGUUGUCCACGAGGUGCACGGUGGCCGUAUUUCUCGAGGUUGUUGUGACCGGAACGGAAGGUUCGUCUACGAUGAUGGCUACGACUACGAUGACCCCAGGGGCGCCCAAGAGGCAGAAGAAGAUAACCAGAACGCCCUGGACCACGUUUUCAGCAAUUGGCCUUUCGCCGACAGCCCGCGGUCUCAGGACAGGACCGUCUCUAUCACAUCGGAGGAAGAAAGUGUUCUUGCUGGCGAGAUCGUUACGAAAGAGUUCCCUUCGUGUGUUUCCCUACACUUGUUUAUUUUGUUGCGUACAGUCAAUCGACGGAAGUCUGGGAUGGCUUCAUCCACCGGUUCCAUUAACGUCAAUCUAAGACGGUUCGACUGCAGGGCCGCUAUGGCCGUGAAGUGCAACGCGGUCGUGAUUGGGAAGAGAAACACGGGCAAGAGCGUCCUAAUCGCAGAGCUUUUGUACUACCUCUCAAAGCAGAAGGUUCCGCGCGCCUGCGUCUUUUCGGCGACGGAAGAAAGCAACCGUUUUUUCUGUAGGCACAUACCAGAUUCCUUCAUUUUCGACGAGAAGCACGUCGAGGCGAAGUUGAUUGAAAUUGUUGAGCAGCAGAAGCGUUUGCAGCUACAGCGGGACAUCGGGGAGAUUGACGAGGACACCGACUUGCGCAUUGUCAUCGUGCUGGACGACAUGGGAUACAACCGUAAAAUUCUCUCGAGUCAGAUCCUCACGUUCAUCUUCAUGAACGGGAGACACUACGACAUUACUCUGAUCGUCGCCAUCCAGCACGUGAUGCAGCUGACGCCUGCUCUCAGGAGCAACACCGACUACGUUAUUUGCCUGAAAGAGGGCAACAAGAACGUGAUGAGAAAUCUGUACGAGAAUUUCUUCGGUGUGUUUGAGAAACCAGUGCACUUCAAGAACGCCUUUUACGCCUGCACGAAAGAUUUUGGCUGUCUGAUCCUCAACAACACGGUAGCAAGCGUUCUCGUCAACGACACGGUUCAUUGGUACGAGGCGACGCCCAAUCGCGUGUUCAAGUUCGGGUCGAAAGAAUUUUGGAAGUAUCAUAACGACAGGUAUGUGUCGAUCCACGACAGGUACUUGCUACAAAGGGGGCCGUGUGCCGACACGACCAGGUCAAGAGACGGAACGUUUGUUGUACACAAACAAAAAAAGUCCCGUGUACAGGGAGCGGGUAUGGGCGUAUUCUGCGUCGAUAGCGUUGAGGCGGGCACAAUCCUACCGUACUACGGCGUCACAAUCAAAGAUGACGAUGACGACGAUAGGAACGCGCGAUGUUCCCAAGAGGGCUAUCGUACUUACGUUGUCUCCGCUGACUACACCAACCGCUCUGGGAAUCAGAGAACCGUCGAGGGAUACUCGGUGGACGGUGACCCAAGUCUCCCUGUGAUUGAAGAACUCGACGGCUUCAAAAAGCUUGCGUGUCGAAUAAACGAGGCCAGUGAUGGAUUUGCACCAAACUGUUUAUUGGUGAGCAAUCGUGCGAUCUCCAGAGCGGAUAUCAAACGAUCGUUGGCGGAACACUCGGCGAUUCCCGCGACUUUCAUCGUGACGAUCGAGGACCUCAAAAGAGGUACCGAGUUGUUCACGUGCUACGGCGACGAGUACGGAGAGCGAGGGUACAGACCGUCCAAGAUGAAGCGAAGCCGCCUCCGGCAGAUGAUCGACAAGGCCUACGAACACAUGGCCAAGCGCGUGAAGAAGAGCGAGGUCUGUGGGUCCUCCAUCAAGUAUGACGACAAGACCCAGGGCUACAAGACGAACGGCAAGUUUGUCAACUUUGGGAUCGGAGAGAACAGGGUAUUCGACGUGGGGGAUGUGUUCCUGAAAAGCAACGUGACCUUUGGAAUCAUCACAGAGACGCCGCGGGUGAUAACGCUGGGAAGCCCGUCGUGCACCGGCGACGGUGACUUCGACAGGAACGUUGGGCUGAUCUGGGCUCUCAGUCGUGUGGAUCACGUCUUUUCCAAGAACUGUACGCCUGACAAUCUUGCGGGCGUGUUCAAGGCGUGCUCCGGCAGCGGGUGCGCGUCGGCGUGUCUGCGCGGCAUCAAGUACAUCAACAAGUUCGGCGCUCCUUGCUGGAUACACCUGAACGGCAAGGGCAUGAAGGAAGUCUGCCGCAUAAUGGGCCACGAAGCCUCCGAGCUCCACGUGAGGGCCGCGGAUCUGCUGAACGAGACGUACGGGGGUCACCGUGCGAACGGGGACUCUAUGAUGUACCGAGAGAAGAUCGUCAAGUCGCAGAAGGUGGGUUCCAAGGAGUUCUUGAUCACGAAGGAGGUGUUCGAGGCGGAGGAGCUCUUCAAGGCCUCCGUGAAGCACCUGGUGGAGGGUUUCUCGGUCGACGCCAGAUUCGACAUCGGGAACGACCCCGAUUCCGACGAACAGCUGGUUGAGGGGCAACUGACAGCAUGCAACACUGCCAUGAACAACGGCGCGUCGUACAUUUGCGGGAUGCCCGGUGUCGGCAAGACCUCAUCGCUGUGCAAGAUCAUCGAGAACUCGAAAGGAACAGCCAUACUUACUCCGUCCCAUGUCGCCAGGGAAGUCGUGCACCAGCGCGCCAAGAAAAACCUGAUCCCCGAGUCAACGUUCAGCGUCGAGGUCUUGGCGUUUGCCAUCAGGCACAUCCACACAUGGCACCCGGACUCAGUUGCUUCGGACUUCAACCCCUCCGAGCGGUCGGCGCAGAUGAUGAAAAAAUUCCAGGACGCGGAGGGCAACAUCCAGGUUGAAACCCUCAUCAUCGAAGAGACGUCGAUGGCGGAUAUUUUCCAGACAGUGGUGUUUUGCGGAGACCCCAAUCAACUGGAGUCUAUUUCGAAGGGGUGUGUUCUGAAAGACGUGAUGGAAUCUCCGGGUGUGCCCGGCACCGUCCUCAAGAUCAACCACCGUUCGUCGUCCGGCCUUUCGAACAACUUGGGGAGGAUCAUCACGUCCUCCCUCGCCUUCAUGGAAGAGGACGACACUUUCGAAAUCCGGGAGUACGGGAUGGACGAGUGUCACGUGGAAACGGAUCGUUUUGGCAGGCGCCGUGUGAUCGUGCACGACCCCAUUAUCCGUUUGUUCCUGGAGCACGUGGAGAACGGGAUCUCUUGCCACGUCUUUGCCCACACGAACAUCGAGGUCAAGAAGCUCAACUCCGGUAUCAAGCUCGCCCUUUUCGGAGAAGACUCUGUUCUCUACCCGAUUGGCUGCAAGGUUCGCGUCAAGGAUUGUGAGGUCAUCACGCCACCCGUGUUCCACCACAACGACUUCCUCGAAAUCGCCGAGGUGCGAGGCGCCAAAGACUUCCUGGUCAAGAGGUGGUCGGACCCCGAAGAGUUCCCAAUGCUUUCUCUAAUCAAGGCUGAGGGUAGGCUGAGGGACGCUCUGGACAUUGGCUUUGCCAGCACGAUUUUCAGCUUUCAGGGUAGUGAGAAUGCUUUGUUUACCGGCGUAUCGCGUGCCAGAAACAAGGCCUACAUUGUGAGGGUGGCGGGCAGCUCGUGCUCGUGGAGGAAGGUCCUGUACAAGAAGCCUGUGCCCAGGAUUUCCAACAUGUCGCAAAUGCUUCUGUGCUCCUGA